AUGAAGGAUUGCACGGUGUGCGCCGCGGCGGCGGCUGCGGCGGCGGCGGCUGCAGCGGCGGCCGUUGCGGCUGCCAACUGGGCCUCCGCUUGCGACGUAGAGGUCAGCAAGCUCCACAACGCGACCUACCUCACCAACGGGGCGGUCAAUGGAGACAUCGUAUACAGAAACGGUGGGUUUAUCGUCUACGGCUUUGUUGUACCUUCGCCCAAUGACCCGUUCCCUGGU